UGCCACAGCCACUGCCAGUUGGCAAUUGUCGGCGGUGGCGAUCGGUGUUCAGUUUUCGGAGAUCGGUAGCGGAGAACGUGGUGGUCAGGGGCGAGGCAAAUUAGUCAGAGACCAGAAGGAGUGCAGAUCUUAGGAGGUUGCGAGCUCGCGAAAUUCUUUUGCAUCAAAAAAGCUUAAGCAUGAGUGAUGAGACAACUAUUAGCCUGGAGGGCGGCUAUCCCCCCCUGGAGGCGUUGACAACUAUGGCUCCCCCGACGGACGCGACCGGUUUCUCGCAGUCGCUUUUGACCUUUGCCGCGGUCAUGACCUUUCUCAUAAUGAUUGUCGGCAUAUGCGGCAAUCUGUUGACCGUGGUGGCCCUGUUGAAAUGUCCCAAGGUGCGCAACGUGGCGGCUGCCUUUAUCAUCAGCCUCUGUAUUGCCGACCUGCUCUUCUGCGCCCUGGUGCUGCCUUUCCAGGGUCUGCGGUUCGUCCAAGGAACCUGGCGACACGGCCAGGUGCUGUGUCGCCUCAUUCCCUUUAUCCAAUACGGAAACAUAGGGGUAUCCCUGUUGUGCAUCGCAAUGAUCACGAUCAAUCGGUAUGUGAUGAUCACGCACCACGGACUUUAUGCCAGGAUCUAUAAACGCCACUGGAUUGCGGUGAUGAUCGCCGCCUGCUGGCUGUUCUCCUACGGCAUGCAGCUCCCAACGCUUCUAGGGGAGUGGGGUCGCUUUGGCUACGAUUCGCGCUUGCAAACCUGCUCCAUCAUGACCGACGACCAUGGGCACAGCAGCAAGACGACGCUGUUUAUCACCGCCUUCGUCAUCCCUUGCCUGGUAAUCAUCGCCUGCUAUGCCAAGAUCUUCUGGGUGGUCCACAAGUCGGAGCAGCGCUUGAAGCGCCAUGCCACCAAACAGAACUCCAUACCUAACAACUUGCGUCCGCUGGCCACUACGGGAUCAGGAGCCCUGCCCUCCGGCGCGGAGUGCCAGCCAAGCAAUCGCGUUUCCUCGGACAGCAGCAGUAGCUUCUCCGUCGAUGUGCCGGAGACAGCGCCCAGCGGCAAACAGCAGCCCACCCGAGUCAAGGAUCAGCGCGAAGUGCGCGCCAAGCGGAACGAGUGGCGCAUCACAAAGAUGGUGCUGGCCAUCUUCUUAUCCUUCGUCGUCUGCUACUUGCCCAUCACAAUUGUUAAGGUGGCCGACAAGAAUGUGGAGCACCCCAGCCUGCACAUCUGCAGCUACAUCCUGCUGUACCUGUCGGCUUGCAUUAAUCCGAUCAUCUAUGUCAUCAUGAACAAGCAGUAUCGCAAGGCCUACAAGACGGUGGUGUUCUGCCAGCCCGCCCGUCUUCUGCUGCCCUUCGGGAAGCCCAAUGGCGCUAGCAGUGCAGCAGAGAAAUGGAAAGAUACCGGGUUGAGCAACAACCACAGCCGCACAAUCGUCUCCCAGAUGUCGGGGGGAACGGGGGGAACGGGAGCGGCCCCGGGAGCAGGGACACCAAUGGGAACGCCAACAGCUGCGGUGGUGCAGGUGCCACAGAAAAUCCAACAAACCCAAGCCUUGGAGAUGCUGUCGCGGGGACCGGACCUAAUCAGCAAAUCGAAUCUCCCGCCGCCGACCGUUACGCCUCCGCCUCCCUCGGUCCUCAUGGCGACGCCCAACGGAAGCAACAGCAACAGCAACAGCAGCCUCAGCCUGCGACUGCCGCUCAAGAAGAACAAUCACUCCUACACCAACAGCGGCUUCAACAGCAGCACUUCCAGCCCCAGCAGCGGCUUGGGGAUCGGGAUCAGCAGCAGCUCCAUUUACCGGCCCGGAGUUGGCUCACUGGGGAGCGGCUCCGCCUCGAUCCGUCGCAUAACAAUGGUGGGGGACGACAUAAUACUGGAGGAAGAGGAGCUGCCGCCCACGCCGCCCACGCCUCCGGCGACCUCGGCGCCGACAACGCCGGCUCCUCCCCCGCCCUCAUCACAAAUGCAUCCGCUCUCCACGGAAUCAAGAACAACAACAACAACAACAAGCGGCGGAUCAGUGGCAACGGGGAGCAGUGCACAAAAGGCGACGACACCAAAGCCUCACAUCUACAUGAAUGUCGACAGCCCGAAGAGAAACCAAUACUACAUGGAACGUAAUACAAAUGCCGGAGCACCGGAAAGUGACUCAGGUCCGGCCAACACAUCCGCAACCGUCUCCAUAUCCGGCUCCAAGCUGACGGCUAAGAUGAAAUUCCCAAAAGACUAACGAAAUGCUUUAAUUCCAAAAUCAAAACAAAAAACUUGUAGUCCUUGUGCUACUUUCGUUAUAAACACAAAUUUUCCAGGAAUCGUAGAACGGGAUAUCGUAAACGGGUGGCGAAUAUCGUAAAUUCUUCCCCUUACAUUGAAAACAGAAGCAGUUGGUCAAGCAACUCCAACCAUAGGUGGCGUUGUAGUUCAAUAUCGUAAGCAAUUGUUCUAUACAAAUUAGUUUAUUCUAAGAAUUGUGCCAUAAAUUAAUUUUAGAUUCCGUUGUAUUCCUCAUUUCAAAGUUGAUUGUACACUAAACAUAAUUUUUAUAUCGUAAAUCAAAUUGUAUGCUUUACCCAGCAUUCGGUUCUAGCUAUACUGACCUCUAAAAUAGUUUGAUUAUAGUCAAACAUUUUUAGAUUGACCUAUUACUUUUCGCCCUAAUAUUCUUAUUCCGCCCUUUAUCGCAUAAGCCUAAGCAUGGAUUUUCAAUUAACCUCCCAAAAUCCUUACACAUGUUACACCACAUAGUAAUAGUUUUAGUUUGUAGAUAUUUAUGGUCGCUCACGCUUAGUAUUAACCCCUUUUCUUUCUACCUUAUAUGCUAACUUUCCCGUUAAAGACACCAGAUCGUGGCUCUAUACGAGUGUAAUUCUACUUGGAACCCAUGACAUUCCUUUAAUUGUUUUUCACUACUGUCAACACAAACAUUCCAUUCCAACGUAGGCCUAUUGUUAGUCCCACCACGACCAUUCGAAAGACCACAGAAGCAAAUACAAUAUAAACAUAAUUGUUUACAUAAAUACAAAA